CCGUGACGCGGCGGUUCAUUUGCAUAGCGGGCCACGCCCCUUCUGCCGACGUCACCCGGGGUCCGCAUCUGCUGCAGUCGCUGCGGGAGGAGCGAGAGCGGCAGAGAUGGCGUCGGCUACCGACUCCCGCUAUGGGCAGAAGGAAUCCUCGGACCAGAACUUCGAUUACAUGUUCAAGAUCCUGAUCAUCGGGAACAGCAGCGUCGGGAAAACCUCCUUCCUGUUCCGGUACGCCGACGACUCCUUCACGCCCGCCUUCGUCAGCACCGUCGGCAUCGACUUCAAGGUCAAGACCAUCUACCGGAACGACAAGCGCAUCAAGCUGCAGAUCUGGGACACGGCCGGGCAGGAGCGGUACCGCACCAUCACCACCGCCUACUACCGCGGGGCCAUGGGCUUCAUCCUCAUGUACGACAUCACCAACGAGGAGUCCUUCAACGCCGUGCAGGACUGGUCCACCCAGAUCAAGACCUACUCCUGGGACAACGCCCAGGUGCUGCUGGUGGGGAACAAGUGUGACAUGGAGGACGAGCGCGUGGUCUCCUCGGAGAAGGGCCGCCAGCUCGCUGAGCACCUGGGAUUUGAGUUUUUCGAGGCCAGUGCCAAGGACAACAUCAACGUGAAGCAGACCUUCGAGCGGCUGGUGGACAUCAUCUGCGAGAAGAUGUCGGAGUCGCUGGACACGGCCGACCCCGCCGUCACCGGGGCCAAGCAGGGCCCCCAGCUCACGGACCAGCAGGCCCCCCCUCACCAGGACUGUGCCUGCUAGGGGCCAGCCCCCCCCCCCCCCCCCAAACACCCCCAAAAACCCGUCAGGUCCCCCCCCCAACCCCCCCCCCAGCCCCUCCUCUUGGGGGUCCCGCGGGCGAAUUGCUGCUGAUGCCUCCGAAAGGGCUGCGGCCCCUUUAGGAGCUCCCCACCCACCCCCCCCAUAAUUCAUUAGGCUGUGCCCCCCCCCAACCCACCCUUAAUUUAUUUUGAAGCCUGGGCUGGUAGAAAACUCCCCUCAUUCUGCUUUUAGUCACUGUCCAAGGAACCAUCGCCCCCGGCCUCAGCCCUUCCCUGAGAACCCCCUUCCCUGGGGGACCCCACUGCUCU